AUGACAGCACACGGCUUGGGGUUUCGCGCCUCGGGCACACCGGCUUCCUCUGCAUCUUUACAUCAUCCUCGCAAAACACCGGAGGAGAGAUCAGAAAAAGGAGGGCAGUCGGCAGCUGAGGCGCGUACUGCCUGCAACCAACGAAAGUGCGCAUCCGACAGAUUUACGACGACGAUCAACAAUACGGAGCUUCCGCAAUUGUGCACACUACCUUUUGGCGUGAACCAUCACCGCGAAGCCACCAUCCCUAGGGGUGCCUCCGCUGGGACUAACCUCGCGCAGCCGCCUAUUGGCUCGGGUCGCCGUCCUGGGCCCAGGAAGGAUGCAGUAAAGGCGAGUUGUGGCUCGAUCUGA